AUGGAUUAUGAAAAUUUGCUUUAAAAAUAUCCAACUUCUUCUUACUCUAAAACUUAUCGAUCAUCAAGUGUUAAUCAAAACUCUUAAAAAUAAGAAAGUGGUCAAUAAAUAAAACCUUAAACAUUACUAAAAAAAUUGGAAGAAAUCCUUUAAUAAAGAUAAUAACAGUUUAAUUAGGAUAAAUAAAAAAAGAAAAAGAUUAGUUAAAACAAGGGUGAUUAAACUGAGAGGAUAUCUGAAAAAAAAAAUAUUUAGAAAAUAUUAGAUAAUUAAAAAUGGAAGGGUGAUUUAUAAAAUUUUGUAUUAAUCUACAAUAACUUAAAUUUAGGUUACUGAAAAAAAAGAAAGGAAAAGUGCAUAUCCUAAUUUGAUGUCCUUAUAACCAUCUACUCAAAAUUUAUUUGACAUGUUUUCAUCAGAUAGUAAUAGUAGAAAUCCUACUAUAACAGCUAGAAGUAAAAAAGGUGAAAGUUCUCCAAAAAAAGGAAGGGCAAAUGUACUAAUAUUCUCAUUAUCAUGUUUAGUCAAUAAUAGAAGGAUUUAAUUUAAGCGAAAGAGAUAAAGGAACAUUAAUAAAAUUGAACUAGUAAUUAUAAAUAUAGAAUAAUCAUUUAAAUGAAUAACUUAGAUUUGAAUAAAGUUAAAAUACUAAGUUAAGUUUAUAGAUGAUUAGUAUGAAUGAUUAAAUUACUUUAUUAACGAAGUAUUAUAUAUUUUUGUUUAGGGUAAUUAAAAGAGAGUUAGAAACAAUUAGAAUAUAAAGAUAAGGAAAAUGAUGAAA